AUGCCUGUGGUUAACGUGGACGAUCUGGUGCGCCUGCAGCGCAAAGCAGACGAUAUACGAAAUAUAUGCAUUCUAGCACACGUCGACCAUGGCAAGACAUCUCUUACGGACAGCCUCAUCGCUACGAAUGGAAUUAUCUCGCCGAAAUUGGCGGGCAAGAUUCGCUAUCUUGACUCGCGCCCAGAUGAACAGCUGCGCGGUAUUACCAUGGAGUCGUCCGCUAUUUCGCUAUACUUUUCCAUGCUGCGAAGGUCCGCGCCAGACGCUGCGCCGGAGACCAAGGAAUACCUGAUAAAUUUGAUAGACUCUCCGGGCCAUAUCGACUUCAGCAGCGAAGUGUCGACUGCUUCCAGGCUGUGUGAUGGUGCGCUUGUCCUGGUAGAUGCUGUUGAAGGUGUGUGUAGCCAGACGGUCACAGUUUUACGUCAGACAUGGGUCGAAAAAUUGAAGCCUCUGUUGGUCAUCAACAAGAUGGACCGACUUGUAACCGAACUUCAGAUGAGCCCAGCAGAGGCCUAUUCACACCUGAGCAAGCUCCUCGAGCAAGUAAAUGCGGUUAUUGGCAGUUUCUACCAGGGAGAGCGUAUGGAAGAAGAUUUACUCUGGCGCGAACGUAUGGAAGAACGAGUCAAUGCUGCUGCUGUGAGAGAUAAAGACCAGGCAAAGAAACUUGCCUCUGAUGAACCGGGUGGCCACGAUAAUGCGGAGUUGGAUGAGUUUGAGGAGAAAGACGAUGAAGACCUCUACUUUGCCCCGGAGAAAAACAAUGUUAUUUUCUGCAGUGCCACAGACGGCUGGGCAUUCACAGUUCGACAAUUCGCUUCGUUAUAUGAAAAGAAACUGGGUAUUAAGCGCUCGGCGCUUGAAAAGGUGCUUUGGGGUGACUUUUACCUGGAUCCUAAGACGAAGCGCGUCUUAGGUUCGAAGCAUCUAAAAGGCCGGGCUCUUAAGCCCAUGUUUGUCCAGCUGGUACUGGAUAGUUUAUGGGCUGUAUAUGAUGCUACCACCGGAGGAGCGAAAGGAAAGGGCGACCCUGCCAUGUUAGAAAAGAUCACAAAGUCAUUAAAUGUUACAAUACCGCCUCAUAUACUUCGAUCUCGAGAGUCCAGGAACAUCAUGCUAGCGCUUUUUUCUUCAUGGUUGCCGCUGUCUACUGCUGUGCUCGUGUCCGUUAUGGAAUAUCUUCCCAGCCCCCGAAGUGCGCAAGCCGCCAGACUGCCAGAAUUGAUCAAGACGUCACCGGGCUCCAACUUCGUGGAUGAAAAAGUCAAAGAUGCCAUGGUCGACUUCAAGACCGGCCCGAAUGACCCCGUUGUGGCCUAUGUCAGCAAAAUGGUUGCAAUACCGGAAAGCGAACUGCCACAGAAUAUAAAGCGAGCGGGUGCAACUUUGACGGCUGACGAAGCUCGAGAACUAGCAAGAAAGAAGCGGGAAGAAAUAGCAAAACUGCAAGCAGAAGCCAACGAGCAGGGUGACGAAUUCAGCAGAGUCACAACAGCUCUUGCUAGCGCAAGCUUGGAUGACCAAGAAACUCAGGAGGAGGAAAAGGUGGAUAAAGAACAUCUCAUAGGAUUUGCCAGACUGUAUUCGGGAACGUUAACCGUGGGCGAUUCUCUAUAUGUCUUGGGCCCAAAAUUCUCGCCGUCGAGUCCACACGCCAGUCCGGAGCCUAGGAAAGUGACUAUUACGAGACUGUACCUGCUCAUGGGCCGAAGUCUAGAGCCUCUCAAGUCGGUACCUGCCGGAGUAGUGUUUGGAGUCGAAGGACUGGCUGGACAUAUCUUGAAAACAGGCACGUUGUGUAGCCAGUUGGAGGGAAGUAUCAACAUGGCGGGUGUGUCCAUGAGCAGCCCGCCAAUCGUGCGGGUUGCGCUCGAACCGGCCAAUCCUGCAGAUCUGAGUAAGAUGAUUACGGGCCUUAAGCUAUUGGAGCAAAGCGAUCCAUGUGCGCAGUAUGAAGUUCUACCAAACGGUGAACAUGUGAUCCUUACAGCUGGUGAACUGCAUUUGGAGCGUUGCUUGAAGGAUCUCCGAGAACGAUUCGCACGAUGCGAAAUUCAAGCUGGAGAAAUGAUUGUACCAUUCCGGGAGAGCAUUGUUAGCACGACUGAAAUGGCGGCUCCCAAAAAUCCAGACUUGGGACGGGGUGGAGUAUUGACCGUAUCCCCAUCAAAGCAAUUGACAAUCAAGCUGCGCGUACUACCGCUUCCAUCAGAAGUCACGGAAUUCCUGUCGAAGCAUGCGGGAACUCUCAAACAGCUGCAGUCUGAGAAAAGGGCUAAAAAGGCCACAGACGCCGAAGAAUCAGUGGAAGAGAUUGAAAACCGGGAGGCGGAAGACGCCGAGUCUCUUGAGACGAAUGUUCUCUCACUAGCAGAAUUUAAGCAAGAACUACGAAAGUUGCUCACACAGUCAAAACAUGAAGAAAUCAAUUCAGAUAUCGUGGAAAAGAUCAUAGCUUUCGGACCUCGAAGAAUAGGUCCGAACGUUUUGAUUGAUGCCACUACCGCCAACACUAGCGAUAAGUUCUUGUCUGAAGAACAAAGAGGUGCUCACAAUGGUCAACUCGGUCGACAAGCAAACACCAUACGCGACCUCUCGGAUAAGAUAGUCUAUGCCUUUCAACUAGCAACAGGUCAAGGUCCGUUGUGCCAAGAACCUGUACAGGGAAUUGCAGUAAUGCUAGAGGAUGUUACUCUCCAUGUCGAGGACGAAGACGCCAUUGACUUUGGCCGUCUGACGGGCGAAGCAAUCCGCAUUGUUCGUGAAUCCGUAUCCCAGGGCUUCUUGGAUUGGAGCCCACGCAUUUUACUUGCAAUGUACAGCUGUGAAAUCCAAGCAUCCACCGAAGUCCUCGGACGAGUCUACGGCGUCAUAACCCGACGACGCGGACGCAUUCUAUCCGAAACCAUGAAAGAAGGCACACCAUUCUUCACAAUCCUCUCUCUCCUCCCCGUUGCAGAAUCGUUCGGCUUCUCCGACGAGAUCCGUAAACGGACAUCCGGCGCGGCAUCGCCGCAGCUUAUUUUCGCGGGCUUUGAGGCUCUAGACGAAGAUCCCUUCUGGGUGCCUGCCACAGAAGAGGAGCUGGAGGAUCUUGGCGAGUUGGCGGAUAGGGAAAAUGUGGCGAAGAGAUAUAUGGAUGCUGUGAGGACUAGAAAGGGGCUUUUUGUCGCGGGCAAGAAGUUGAUUAAGGAUGCUGAGAAGCAGAAGACGUUGAAGAAGUGA